AAAUAAUCUGCGAUCCCACCAAUAGAAAACCUCGUACUGAAGAGAUUUGUAUUUUUGCACCAAUCACAUUCCUUGUACCCAAUUAGACUUUUUUUUUAUACUGCCUUCUGAGCUUCGUAGUUCAGAAAAUUAGACAAAUUUUAGGGAUAGGUUCUUUCCACUCGCCAGAAAAUGGUCGAUCACAAUGUGCCGAUAUUUCUUGAUUUCAAGAAUAUCGGUGUCUCAAUCAAUGGAAGGGAAAUUUUGAAGACUAUAAAUGGCAAAGUUCGACCUGGAGAGAUGCUUGCAUUGAUGGGUCCAAGCGGCUCUGGGAAGACCACAUUGCUGAAUGUGCUUGCAGGAAGAAUGGCAAAAGAUGCUGGAGAUGUACUUAUUAAUGGGAAACACAUGAACAAAAAGCUCAAAAAGAGAAUUGGUUAUGUCAUGCAAGAGGAUAUAUUCUUUUCUCAUCUCACACUGAAAGAGACUCUAACGUAUUCAGCAAUGCUCAGACUCCCAGAUACCUUAUCAAAGGCACAAAAACUACAAAAGGUUGAUGAAAUUGUAAAGAUUUUGGACUUGUCAAAGUGCCUCCAUACAUGCAUUGGUAGCCCAAUGGAACGAGGCCUUUCUGGAGGUGAGAAAAAAAGAGCUAACAUUGGCUGUGAACUCAUCAUCAAUCCAUCUCUGAUCUUUCUUGAUGAGCCCACAUCUGGUUUAGACUCGAGUAAUGCCAUGAACCUUAUCAAGACUUUACAAGAUUACUGCCUGAAGGAGAAAAAGACUAUUGUGACGAGUAUUCACCAGCCCUCAAGUCAGAUCUAUCACUUAUUUGAUAAACUUCUCUUACUCUGCAAUGGCCAGAUGGCAUAUUACGGCAAAGCGUCCAAAGUACUGGAAUUUUUCGAAAGUAUCAACCUUAUAUGUGCGCCACACUUCAACCCGGCCGAUUUUAUUUUGGAGAAAGUUACGGCUGGAAGUGAGGUGGAAAAUAGAAUCGUGGAAUCCUGGGCAAAAAGAUCAAAAGAGCAGAAGAAAUCAUAUCUUAAUCAUAGUGGUAUACCGUUAUCUAGUGGAAAAACAAGUGAAUCCAUAAAAGAAAGUAGUAGGGCAGAAAAUGAUCUAGAGAUGGUUGAAAUAAAUGGUUUUAAUCACUUGACAGAAGAUGGUCUCCCUACUGCUUCGUCUAAAGAUCUUGCCACUGUCCUAUCGCAGGAGAACCUCUCAUUCCAGGAUUCUGACAAUGAAGACACCUCCGACAACAGGAUACCGUUUGGAUCAGACAUUGGAUCGGACACCGAGCUUAUGAAUGAGGCAAGCCCAGACACGCACACAAGCUCAAAACUUAACGGCGUCAUAAACGGGAGCGCCAUCAAGCAAGAGGAUCACAAAGUCAAAAAUAGAGAUCUCCACCGACCGAAUUCACAUUCUAAGAAACUAACAGACGAAGUAACACUGGUAUCUUUCAAGAAGACUGCUGUCUCAGAUGUAAAGCUUAACGUUGAUGAUGAUAAUGACGAUGAUGAUGAUUAUACUGACGUGCAUACUGGUUGGGUGACGUCAUUUUGGACGCAGUUCACUGUUCUGACCGAGAGAACGUUCAAGCAAUCGAAGCCAGAGAUACUGUCAAAGCUGAACUUUAUCCAGACUUUUGUUUUAUCCAUCAUCGUUGGACUCAUCUGGUUUCGCAUUCCGUACACCGAGGAGACCAUACGAGACCGAUACGCAGUGGUCUUUUUCGUCAUCGUCUACUGGAACCUCAACCCAAUGUUCUCAGCAUUGGUUUCUUUCCCUGCAGAACGUACGAUCAUCAACAAGGAACGAGCUGCUGGUUACUACAGGCUGUCCGCGUAUUACUUCGCCAAGCUGUUCAGUGAGCUCCCGCUAGUAGUUUGUCAGCCUAUCGGCUUCAUGCUAGUGGCCUACUGGAUGUGCGGCUUGAACGAGAGCGUGGCGUUUCUUACGCAUCUCUCUGUACUUCUACUUACUAGCAUCACUGCGCAGUCUAUUGGCUUGUGUAUCAGCGCUUCCAUCAUGGAUUUUAAGAAAUGCAUCACGGUGGCUGCGAUAUUCGGCUUGACUAUGAUGUUAUUAGGGGGCUUCUAUCAACAACACAUCCCUUGGUGGCUGGAAUGGUUCGAGUAUUUGUCAUUCAUGACGUACACAUACAGAGGUUGCGUGAUCGCCGAGUUUGCUACUUCGCCUCCGUUCAGAUGUAGCGAGGUUUCUGCCUAUGCAUCCUGCAAGAACGGCACAUGGAUCACCGGCACUGAAGUGCUACAUGAGCUAGGAAUCCACUCUUCCCUUGGCGAAAAUGUUGCAUAUCUCUUACCAUUCUGCAUAGUCUUCAGGGCUUUGGCCUACUUCUCCCUCAGGUUCAUUCACAAGCCCAAAUAGGGCAGCGUGUCUUGUUCCGCCAUCUUUUGAGUCUGAUAUCAAAUGCUCUUUUACAGGAAUCAUCUUGUGUUAUUUUCGAUUUGAAUUUGUAAAGAAAUGGUUGAGAGUGUGCGACUGUCGUGAAAAAACCCAUUCUAGAAGAGAAAAUUGAAAUAAGUUUCAAGUGUAACAAAAUAAGUUCAUACCAAAGGUAGACUAGGUUAUGUUUAAGUGUUGUAUUUCAGUAAACGUUCAUGCCUUUACAUAUAAACAAGAUAUAUUUAGAAUAUUUAUUUGUGAAGUAUUUCUUUUCAAAUGUUACCUGAACUGCUUGACAGUGAGGUUCAAAGCAAAAAAACCUUUGUUUGUAAUUUUCUGUGUUAAAGUAACUAAUAAAGACGUGUGGUUUUA